UAACUCUUUCCAUGUUUUUAGCUCUGUUUUCUCUUUCAUUCUUCCUUUAAUCUCCAUUAACACACACGCGCGCGCGCACACAGAGAUGUCUAAUACAACUGCUUCAAUCACCCCUCCACAUGAGGUAGAUGAAUGCAGAGGAGUCCUCAGAGUUUACAGCGAUGGCUCCAUCGUCCGGUCCAACAAACCAAGCUUUGAUGCCCCGGUCCAUGACGACGGCUCUGUGCUUUGGAAAGAUGCCCUCUUCGACGCCGCACAUAACCUUCAGCUCCGGCUGUACAAGCCAGCUUCAUCCACUCCCUCCAAGCUACCAAUCUUCUACUACAUCCACGGGGGUGGCUUUUGCAUUGGAUCACGUGCAUGGCCCAACUGCCAAAACUACUGUUUCAAGCUCGCUGCCGAGCUUCAAGCUGUGGUCGUCUCACCCGACUACCAGCUGGCUCCGGAGAACAGGCUCCCGGCAGCCAUUGAGGAUGGUUUCAUGGCUGUCAAGUGGAUACAAGCUCAAGCUGUGUCGGAUGAGCCAGAUGCUUGGCUUACUGACGACGCUGAUUUUGAUCAAGUGUUCAUAUCAGGUGACUCGGCUGGUGGCAACAUUGCUCAUAACCUAGCGGUUCGGCUGGGAGCCGGGUCAACUGAGUUGGCUCCGAUUCGGGUUAGGGGUUAUGUCCUCUUGGCACCCUUUUUUGGUGGGACUGUUCUGACUAGGUCUGAGGCUGAGGGACCAAAAGAAGCAUUCUUAAAUUGGGAGCUUAUUGACAGGUUUUGGAGGCUAUCAUUACCUGUUGGAGAAACUACUGACCACCCACUGAUCAACCCAUUUGGACCAGUUAGCCAAAGCCUUGAAGCAGUUGAUCUUGAUCCAAUCCUAGUGGUAGUUGGGGGAAGUGACCUGCUGAAAGAUCGAGCUGAGGAUUAUGCAAAGAGAUUAAAAAACUGGGGAAAGAAAGUGGAGUAUGUGGAGUUUGAAGGACAGCAACAUGGCUUCUUCACCAUCAAUCCAAAUGCACAGCCUGCAAAAGAGUUGAUGCUCAUCAUUAAACGAUUCUUGACUGAGAAUGCUGGCAGUGGUUCCUAAUUAGAUAAGCAUUUUCUAAGACAUCUUUGGUGAAUGUGUGUGUUGCCAGUCAGAUUUGAUUUCGAAUAAUGUCAUGUUUAUC